AUGUCGCUGGAGCAGUAUUCACUGUUGAGCAUCGAAAUAAUAACGCAGUUCUGCGAGCAGCUUGCAAAAGUUGUUUCGAAACGUAUCCCUGAGAACGCGCCGUAUGCAUCCCGAUUUGUGCAGCUCCUUUCCAAAACGUUGUCUAUCGAUGCAGCAGUAAAGGAGGAAAUCGAAGGCGUCGAAUGGGAUGCUCAGUUGAAGGUCGAAAUGGAGGGGAACAUAACAAAGGUGAUGCAACUGGUUGCACAAAAAAUCGAGCAGCGUCUUGUGCUUGACCCAAGCAUUCUUCAGAUGGGCGAGCGCAUCAGCAGCGCCCAGAUGCAAAAUUAUGCGGCACUCUCUGUGGCCCAUUCGUUAAGUACGUCAUGGCCUACACACGCAGAACCUCUGACACGAAUAUUGCGACAAGCGCGGGAAGCGAUAAUGGAUGUUGCUCGCUCAUCAGUUUUCACGAUUUUAGCGUCAAUGCACAACGAGGAAUUAAGCAACCCAUCGCCGUACGCUAAGGAAUUAUGCAACUACUUGCGAGUCUUUUUGCUACAUGCGCCUCUAUUUCUGAAUUUUCCUGGUUCCGGAGAGAUUUUGACCACUUUUCUGGAUUACACUGUGGAGCUGUUUCUGCUGAGUUCGUCUCUCAUACGGCCUCUUUCUUCGGAUCAGCUGAACUGCCUAUCUCUGGAUCUGCAGUACAUUGCUUCGCAGGGCCUCUCUCUGUUCGAUGUGCAGUCCUCUGUCCUGCGUAACGUGCCCCAGUUUGCUGAAGCUUUCAAACUGCCUCCGGAGCAGCUUCCAGAUUGCGAUGCUUUGCCGUUUUGGUUUGUUGUGCAGCUGCUGAUAAGUCUGAGUGAGGAAUCGUUGAUAUCGCCGCAUGUGUCGGCCGGUUGGUCGUUGCAAGAGUAUUUGCGAUGGUUCCUGAAUCACAGCAAUGCAGAUCGUAUCAGUUUCAUGUCUUCGCUGAUGCGCUCCUAUACCUCAUCAGUCAUCGCAGGCGGCCGCACUGAAUAUGUCACCUACUACCCACUCAUCAUGAACAUCCUCCAAAAGGUUGUUAGCAGCACCUAA